UGCCGCCAUGGCGGGCGGGGGCACGGCCGCGCGCGUCCUGGGGCGCGCGGGACAGGGGGCGCGCGCAGUGGGGUGGGGGCGGCCGCUGGGCCCCGAGGAGACGCUGGGGCUGCUGGAGGCCUCCGUGGUGCACCGGGAAGGAGCCCUGCUGGCGCUGAGCAAGCCCCCCGGCCUGCCCGUCCUGGGACGCCCCGGGGAGCUGAGCCUGACGUUGCUGCUGCCGGCUCUGCGCCGGCGCCUGGGGCUCCCCGCCGAGCUCCACGUGGUGAAGGCUCCCACCAGGGAGUGUUCUGGCGUCGUCCUCCUGUCCAGCUGCCACCGCGCCACCCAGCAGAUCCAGCAGUUCUUCACCGAUGCCCGCCGGAGGGGCCGGUACCCCGCCACAUACUGCGCCGUCACCGUGGGAGUCCCGGCGGAGGCAGAGGGCGAGAUCCGUGCCGGGCUGUGCUGGCAGCAGCAGGGUGACACCACCGUGGUGGUACCGGUGCCGGCCCCGGGGCGCCGCAGCCUGGCCAGGAAGGAGGUGAAGAGCACCCUGACGCGCUACCGGGUGCUGGGUGCCGCGGGGGGUUGCGCCCUCCUCCAGCUCCAGCCCAGGACAGCCUUCCCGGAGCAGCUCCCGGUGCACCUGACGCUGCUGCUGUGCCCGGCCCUGGGCGAUCACCAGCACUCGUCCCGCGUGGGGAGGGUGCUGGGGGUGCCCUUCCUCCUGCCCCCCGAGGCCGCCCCCACCCGCACACAGGUGCUGGACGACGAGCUGCUGUCCCGGCUGGGGCUCUCCCCGCAGCAGCUCCGACGCCUCCCGCUCCAUAUCCACCUCCAGCAGUUGGUGCUGCCCCAGGGCACACUCUGCGCCCCCCCGCCGCCCCCCUUCCUGCGCACCCUGCGCCGCCUGGGGCUGCCCCAGCACCAGGAGCCCUGAUGCCCCCCCACCCCAACCCUCUCCCCCUUUGCCACCCCAUUAAAUCCCCACCGGGGUGG